AAAGGGCGCGGGAGCUCUGCGAGGUUACGAAGAGUUUCUACCCAGUGCUUGGGUUGGGACGGGUUGGUGGUGACCCUGACGCGGGUACAGAGAGGUGGCCCGGGGUGGCCGCGUGCCAGGAGGUGGCCAGGCAGGGUGGGGCCAUCCCGGCAUCGCUGCCUUCCCCGGCGAGCAGCUGAAACUUAAACAAACCAUAAAGCCCGGGCGCUGGCACUGUAGGUCUGGGCCCUGCGUAAGGCGUGGGCGCACAAAGGUGCCAGCAGACAGGGUGUCCUCCAGAGCUGCCGUGAUGGAGCUGGGGAACAUCUCGCAGCCGGUGUAUGGCCCUGGUCCCGAGGCACCGGGCAGCAGCACGCCGGGCCUGGUGGGGAUGGUGCAUGGUUUCCUGCGGCUGGUGCAGCCCAACGACCUGCCCAUAGAACUGAUUACAGAUUUUGGACAGUCCCAGAGUCAGGAUGCUACUGGGGAGCAAGUCCAGAAGCUGCUGCACUACGAACUGGGUUUCCUGGUCUGCAUCGCCAUUGGGGUCCUCUUCAUCAUCCUCGUGCCCCUGGUGGGAUGCUGCUUCUGCUGCUGCCGCUGCUGCGGCAACUGCGGGGGCCGCAUGUACCAGAAGCAGAGCCGGCGGAUGAGCUGCCGGCGCAGAACGCUCUGGGCCUCCGUCCUGCUGGUCUCUGCUCUCCUACUGGCUGGUGAUGUCUGUGCCUUCAUCAGCAACACCCGCUUCUCCCAGGCUGUGCAUGGCACCUUCCCCAACAUCAACAACACCCUGAACAAUGCCCAGACCUAUGUGACCUCCAUUCCCCAGCAAAUCAAUUUUAUCAUCGACAGCAGCAACGUCCCGCUGGGUCACGCCAACAGCAGCCUCCAGGACAUUGGGUCCAUUCUGGGUGGCAUGAUCAUCUUGGGCAUCAGGAGCAGCACGGAUGGGACUCUGGGAUCCCUCCAGAGCCUCUUGCAAGGGAUAGAGAUGCUGGCAGAUGCCUUUGGCAUCAUCUCCAGGACUCGUCCACACCUUGAGGAGCUGCAGAGCAACUACAGCCAGCGGCUGGACAGCCUGCGGGGUGGCCUUAACCAGACCCUGCAGCGCUGUGGCAGCCCCUGCAGCAGCGUGUCCCUGGGUGGCCUUGCCUUCAGCACCAACUUCAGCACGAUCCCUGGUGUGGAGCAGCAGCUGGAGGCCCUGCAUGAUGUGUCUGGCUCCAACAUAGCAGCUGAUUUAGAGAAGGUUAACAGCACUCUGAGCACAGCCUAUGCCAAGGUGCAAGAGCAGUCCCGGGAUGUGGUGACAAAGACCCAGGGCCAGCUGGGAUUUAUCAGGCAGGAGAUCAGGAGCUUGCAGGAGAAGUUGCCACUCCUGGAUUUGGAGGAGAAUGUUGGAGCCUUUGUGGGCAACACCUCAUUGACGCUGGAGGAGUACAGGGAGCCGAUCGUUGCCUUGGACAGGCUCAGGUGGAGUGUGUGUGUCCUCCUGUGCUGCAUGGUGCUGCUGGUGGUCCUCUGCAAUGUCUUUGGGCUGCUGCUGGGGCCCCUGGGGCUGAAGGAAGAUGUGCUGCCCACGCAGCGCAGCAGCCUCUCCAACGCCGGCGGGAACUUCUUCAUGGCAGGGGUUGGCUUCAGCUUCAUCUUCUCCUGGCUGCUGAUGCUGCUGGUGCUGAUCACCUUUGUGCUGGGGGGAAACACCUACGUGGUCAUCUGUGAGACCUGGCACAGCCAGAAGCUCUUCCAGAUUCUAGACACCCCAGGCCUGAUCCCUGGCUUCAACCUGUCAGAGCUGCUGGGCCAAGAGAGUGGCACAACAAACUUCUCAGAGAUGUACAGGCAGUGCCAGCAAGAUGCUGCCCUGUGGCAAACACUGCACCUGGACCAGAGUGUGUCCCUGGAUGAGCUCCUGAACAUCAGCCAGUAUACAGGAGAGAUCUCCACAGCCUUUGAGAAGAUGAACAUCACCCUGAGCCCCAUCUCCCUGCUCAACGAAACACAGAGAGACUUGCUGCUGAAAGCCAGCCAGCUUGGGCAACCCCCUGACUUCACCCCUACUCUGGAGAAGCUGGAUCAGAAUCUGACCCAGGGCAGCCUCCUUGAUCUGGCUGCAGAGCUGGAGCAGCUGGCAAACAAAGUGGGCACGGACGUGAAAGAGGACCUGAAGCAUUAUGCUUACCUGCUGAGGGAACUGGACAGGGAGAUGCAGAUGAGCUUCUCUGGGCCACUGCAAAGCCUGAAGGAGAACAUCCACUCAGUGCAGAGCAGGGCUGCCCAGCUUGAGGCACAGACAAAAACUGCGCUGGACAAAGCCAACGAAACCCAGCAGUUCCUGGAGAGGGAGAUGGGAAACAUCAUCAAGAAUGAGACAUGGGCCUUCCUGAAGGAGCUGCUAGACUUCUUUGAGACCUACGUCUCCUGGGCCAAGAGCAGCCUGACGGAAGAUGUGGCACGUUGCAAGCCCAUAGCUCAGACCCUGGAUAACGUGGAGGCCAUCACCUGUGACUACAUCCUGGACUCUCUGAAUGCCUUCUGGUUCAGCCUGGGUUGGUGUACCGUGUUCCUGCUGCCCAGCAUCAUCCUGGCUGUCAGACUCGCCAAGUUUUACCGCCGCAUGGACAUUGCUGAUGUCUACAGGAAUGAAGACUUCGAGAUGCCACCCACGUUCAACUUCUACAAACUCCCCCGGCCAUCUACGAAGCAUUAGUCCCCCCAGCCCACAGCAUGGGCACGGAGGAGAUCGAGAGGGCUGCUCCACCUGCUGUGUCUUCUGCCUGGGCCCUGAGGAGCCGGUUGGGACCCCUCCAGCUGAAGCCCCCUCCCCAAUUCCCAUCAUGUGAUGAUGCCCCAGUAUGUAUGGGAGGGGGAUUGCCCCUUGCACUGCCCCAGGUGGGACUUCAACCCCUCACACCAGACCCCGUGGGGUCAGGGCAGCUUGUACCAUCCACAGCACUGCAGCCUGUGCUGCUGGUAAAUGGGAACCUGCUGAACCAGGCCCCUUGCUUGAAAAAUGUGAUUCUCGUUUUUACAGGGAGCCUGACUCUUUCCAAGGCUGAGUUUUGCUGUCAAACAAUAAAUGGGGUGUUUGUGUGCACUGCA